AGUCACGUGACGCGACGGCUGGGGCUCCCGGCGCGGGGGACGCUGGUGGCCAAGAUGGCGGCGGAGCUGGUGGAGGCCAAAAACAUGGUGAUGAGUUUUAGAGUCUCCGAUCUCCAGAUGCUUCUUGGUUUUGUUGGCCGAAGUAAGAGUGGACUUAAACAUGAACUUGUCACCAGGGCACUACAGCUUGUUCAGUUUGACUGCAGCCCUGAAGUCUUCAAGAAAAUUAAGGAACUCUAUGAGACUCGAUAUGCCAAGAAGAGCUCUGACCCUGUACAACCCCACCGGCCUUUGGACCCGCUCUCCAUACAUUCUUCCUAUGACCGGGGAAGUACUGUCCCCAGGACUUCUAUUUCUACUCCCAACAUUGACUAUCCUGUGCUAUAUGGGAAAUACCUAAAUGGACUUGGACGAUUACCCUCUAAAGUUGUCAAGCCAGAAGUCCGCCUGGUGAAACUGCCCUUCUUUAAUAUCUUGGAUGAAUUGCUGAAGCCCACAGAGUUAGUCCCACAGAAUAGUGAGAAGCUGCAGGAGAGCCCAUGCAUUUUUGCGUUGACGCCGAGACAAGUGGAACUGAUCAGAAACUCCAGGGAGUUGCAGCCUGGAGUGAAAUCAGUUCAAGUGGUACUAAGAAUCUGUUACACAGACACUAGCUGCCCCCAGGAGGAUCAAUACCCUCCUAACAUUGCAGUAAAAGUCAACCACAGCUACUGCUCAGUCCCGGGCUAUUAUCCAUCAAAUAAGCCCGGAGUGGAGCCAAAACGACCCUGUCGUCCCAUUAAUCUCACACACCUCAUGUACCUAUCUUCAGCAACAAACCGAAUCACUGUCACCUGGGGGAAUUACGGAAAGAGUUACUCAGUGGGUUUGUACUUAGUACGGCAGCUGACCUCAUCAGAACUGCUGCAGAGGUUGAAAACUAUCGGGAUCAAACAUCCGGAGCUCUGCAAAGCACUGGUCAAAGAGAAGUUGCGUCUUGAUCCUGACAGUGAAAUUGCCACCACAGGUGUCCGAGUGUCUCUCAUCUGUCCGCUAGUAAAGAUGCGACUCUCCAUGCCUUGCCGGGCUGAGACCUGUGCCCACCUGCAGUGCUUCGAUGCAGUAUUCUACCUCCAGAUGAAUGAGAAGAAACCUACCUGGAUGUGUCCUGUGUGUGACAAACCAGCCCCCUAUGACCAGCUGAUAAUAGAUGGCCUCCUGUCCAAGAUUCUGAGUGAGUGCAAGGAUGCGGACGAGAUUGAGUAUCUGGUGGAUGGUUCCUGGUGUCCUAUCCGAGCCGAGAAGGAGCGGAGCUGCAGCCCCCAGUGCCCGAUCCUCGUCCUUGGAUCCUCGGAUGUGAAUGGGCUUUUACCCACCCCCAAUGGGAACAGUGAAAACGGGAAGCCAAGUGCCGAUGUGGUGGACCUCACACUGGACAGCUCAUCCUCAGAAGAGGAGGAGGAGGAGGAAGAGGAAGAAGAAGAAGAUGAGGAGGAGGAAGAUGGCCCCCAACCCAAACGCCGCUGCACGUAUGAAAAAGGUCUAGUCUCCGCCUGCUGACUGGGGCCUGGAGCGAGCAUUGUCCUCUGGGGACAGACUUGAAUACUCUGGUGCUUACAAAACUGGGAGGGAGGCAGGUUGGUUGGGGGCGAGGGGUGUGGAGGGAGGAGGGAUUUUUUUCCCCAACCCCUUACCCCAUUCUUCCUCUUCAGUUUCUUUGGACUUUACUAUACAAAGCUAACAAUUAAAAAACAAGCAAACAAAACACACACCACACACACACACACACACAGCAACAAAAUUGAGCUGCUUCCCAGUUGGAAAGAAAAAAAUUUGAGCCUGGAGGAAGGAGUGGGGCACCCAGGUUGGUUUAUUGGGUCCCAUUGAGUCCACCUUGCAGUCAGCAUGGGAGGCAGUUGCCCAGGAAGAGACUCCCAGCCCUGGCGAGCCAUCCCUCCCUGCCUCUGAGCCCUCCCUCCCCCCAUCCCAAUUGACCAUGUCUCCAUUCCAGGCCAUCUCCAAAGUUCCAUGCAUUUCUCUCUUGUUGAAUUAACCAUUCCUGACUGUCUACAUGCCUUGCUGGGUCUUUGGAUGAUUGGGGAGGGAUAGGGGCGGGGAUGGGACUAUGGCGGCUGAUGGAACCUAGCAAGGUUUGGGGAGGGGCACUUUGUGGGGAGUUUGGGGAGGGCUUGGGGGGGAAUGGAACGGGGAUGGGGGCAGGGAAGAUAUAGAAUUCCUGAGACAAGCUGUUCCUUCUGGGGAACACCCACGGCUCUGCACCUCAUGGAAACAAACACCCAUUUUUGAAACCUUUUAAUCAAAUCUGAAGAUGAUGUAGAAUUUCUUCGUAGUGAAUCAUUUUAGUUGAGAAGAAGCCAUGGUGAGGGGUCGGGGAGGGAGGUUGUGAAGGGUGGGGGAGGGGGAAGGGUUUAAGCCACAGAGCUGUUGUAUUUCUGAAAGUGCAAUAACUUGGCAUUUUGAAGACAGAAGCACGUAGACAAGUUUCCCUUUGGAAGGAAGCUUCCAUGGUCAGUGGGAGGCUCCAAGGUGACCCUGCCUCUUUGGACCAACCCACUGGGAUGGAGGAGAGCAGAGGGGGAGGGGUCAGGUGGGGGGCAAGGUGGGGAAAUGAGGCCCUUCAAGAAUGCCAGGUGUGGAAAUUCUCAGUUUCUAGCCAGCUACCUCGGUAACUCCAAUUCAGGUUUAUUUCAGUACUAAAACAGUGCAGACACCCACCACCAACUCUGUCCCUGUGCUGCGGGGACAGGACAGAGGGGUGGGGUUGUCGGGGAGGGAAGUAGCCACAAGUUUUUGGACUUCUCUGUGCAUCUCUCUCUUUCUCUCUCUCUCUCUCUCUCUCUCUCUCUCUCUCUCUCUCUCUCUCUCUCUCUCUCUCUCUCUCUCUCUCUCUCUCUGUCUCUCUCUGUCUCUCUCUCUCUCUCUCUCUCUCUCUCUCUCCUGCUCAGUACUCUUGUCCUAAAACAGAAGCCAGCGACUUACUGUUGAGGGUAGAGGGAGGAGAAAGGGGGGGCAGAAGAGGGUUUUGUUUUGUUUUGUUUUGUUUUUUUAGUUUUUUUGGUGUU